AUGACUGCUUUUGACAUUGAGGGAAUAUUGAGUCAAUUGACGUUAGAGGAAAAAGUAGGACUACUUGCUGGUAUAGACUUUUGGCACACCUACGCGGUGGAUAGGUUAGAUAUCCCUAGUCUAAGAUUUAGUGACGGUCCUAAUGGUGUCAGAGGAACAAAAUUCUUUGAUGCUAUUCCGUCUGCGUGCUUUCCAUGUGGUACUGCAUUGGCUGCAACUUUUGACAAACAAUUGUUACGUGACACCGGAAAGUUGAUGGGGGUUGAAGCUAAAGCUAAGGGUGCUCAUGUUAUUCUUGGCCCAACAAUGAAUAUUCAAAGAGGCCCAUUGGGAGGAAGAGGGUUCGAAUCUUUCAGUGAAGACCCUCACUUGAGUGGCCAUGCUGCAGCUGCCAUUGUGAACGGAAUUCAAGAAGAAGGUAUUGCGGCAACCGUUAAACAUUUCGUUUGCAAUGAUCUUGAAGAUGAAAGAAAUUCUAGCAAUUCAAUUCUUUCCAUGAGGGCUUUAAGGGAGAUAUAUUUGGAACCUUUCAGGAUAGCAAUCAAACAUGCGAACCCCAAGGCUUUGAUGACUGGUUACAACAAAGUAAAUGGCGAACAUGUUUCUCAAAGUGAAAGUAUUAUCAAGGACAUCUUAAGAGAAGAAUGGAAAUGGGAAGGUACCAUAAUGUCCGAUUGGUAUGGAACUUAUACUAGUGACACUGCUAUUAGGGCUGGAUUAGACAUCGAGAUGCCGGGUCCAACUAAGUUUAGAAGCUUAAGUGAAAUUCUGCACAUGGUUGUGUCAAAGGAAUUGCAUAUCAAGCAUAUAAAUGAUAGAGUAAGGAAUGUUCUUAAGUUGGUUCAAUUUGCCCAAGGUUCAGGAGUGCCUCAAAAUGCUCCCGAAGGCACAAGUAAUAAUAGUGCUGAAACCAGUGCUAAGUUAAGAAAAAUUGCACUGGAUUCCAUAGUAUUGCUCAAAAACACUGGAAUACUACCUUUGAGUAAGGAUUCAUCCAUUGCAGUGAUAGGUCCAAAUGCUAAAUUUGCUGCUUAUUGUGGAGGGGGAUCUGCUUCGCUUGCAUCUUACUACACUACAACACCUUAUUCUGGUAUUGCAUCCAAGACAACUACUCCGCCUAAGUACUCAGUUGGUGCAACUGGUCAUAGAUUGUUGCCUGAUUUGGCUUCCCAGGUAAUAAAUCCAAUCACUGGAAGUGUUGGUGUCAAUGCAAAGUUCUACUCGGAACCUAGCACUUCUGAGAGAAGGAACUUGCUAGAUGAGUACAAUUUAAUUGAUACUCGGGUCAAUCUUUUUGAUUACAUCAGUACCAGUAGGGCACGUAAUGAACCAUUCUAUAUUGACUUCGAAGGAGACUUUGUUCCUGAAGAAACGGCCAGUUACAGAUUUGGACUUGCUGUGUUCGGUACAGCUGACUUGUAUGUUGACAACAAAUUGGUUAUUGACAACAGCACAAAUCAAAAGAAAGACGAGCACUUUGUUGGUUCUGGAACUAGAGAAGAACACGGCGUCAUCCAAUUAGAGAAAGGUAAGAAUUAUAGGAUUCGUGUUGAGUUUGGGUCAGCACACACCUAUACUUUUUCUGACCCCAACGCAGAAUUUCAUGGUGGAGGUUCUUUGAAAAUCGGUUGUAUUAAAGUUGUCGAACCCGAAGAAGAAAUUAGAAGGGCUAUUGAAAUCGCAAAGACAGUAGACCAGGUUGUUUUGUGCAUUGGACUCAAUCUGGAGUGGGAAUCUGAAGGUUACGAUCGUCCAGAUAUGGAAUUGAUCGGCCUUCAGAACAAAUUAGUAGAGGAAAUUAUAAAGGCUAAUCCGAAUACUAUCAUUGUCAAUCAGUCAGGCACUCCAGUAGAGAUGCCUUGGUUACCAAAAGCAAAGGCAGUUGUUCAAGCUUGGUUUGGAGGUACCGAAGGUGGUAAUGCAAUUGCAGAUGUCUUGUUUGGUGAUGUUAAUCCUAGUGGAAAGUUGUCACUUUCAUUCCCUUUCAAAAACUUCGAUAAUCCGGCUUACCUCAAUUUCACCACUGAUAACGGUCGAGUCCUUUAUGGAGAAGACAUAUUCGUUGGUUAUAGAUAUUACGAAAAACUAAACAGAGAGGUUGCGUACCCAUUUGGUUUUGGAUUAUCAUAUACUUCAUUCAAAAUCGGAGACUUGAAAGUUCAAGUUCUAGACCAGGAUAAUAUUGAGAUUUCUGUUAACAUCAAGAAUACUGGA